UCAAAAUCAAAUUGACAAUUUACAUCACGUAAACAUAACCUCAAAUUUUGCCUACCUUUUAUUAAUUUUAUAAAAACUAAAAAAAUGUCCAGGAUAUCGUCAUUAAUUAAUUUUGCAUCUAAACGAAACAUUUCCUUGACAGUGCCACGUGAAGGGAAGCGUAAUUUCAGAAAAUUCGUGCUCGCCAACAAGAGGGGCUCCCGUAUACACAAACAGCAACAAAUGGGCCCCAAAGCAGAAUUAGAGGUUGACAAACGAGGGGUUCGCGAUGUAGGGUAUUACUUAAAUGGACGUUUUGUCAAAGUUCCAGAAAUGAUACCGGAGCUUAUCGUUCCAGAUUUAAAAGAUUGUGACUUGAAACCUUAUGUUUCUUACAAAGCCAAAGAUGUUGUUCAAAGUGAAUUUACAGCACAACAGCUUUUUGAUGCAGUGUACAGUAAAAAGAUCGUAACUGACUUUAAACAAGGGAAACUUGAUGCAGAUGGCCAAGCCCUAGAACCUUCUGAAGAAGAGAAAUUACAGGCAGAAGAGGCGAUUCAAAGGGCAAAGAAAACAGGCUCAGACAUAUUUUAAGUGUGUUAAUAUUUAAGAUUAAGUUUAGUUUAUAGUAAAAUUGUUAUUAUGUUAAUAAAUUAAUUAUUAAAAUU